UUUACUUAAUAAAUUUAUCAAUCAAUAAAACAUCUGUUUCUGUUCUAUUGCUCUGUUCUAUUGUUCUUAUUUCUGAAUAAGGGAAAAUGAAUUUUUUAAUAAAAAUACCUAAUAAUUUAUUGAAUAAAAGGCGAAUAUUUAAUUUAGAAGCCAUAUUUUAUUCAACCAAAGUAACCCCACAAAAUUCAAAAAUUUUAAACAAAGUUGAAACGAGAAAACCUAUUGUGCCGCCUGAGUUUAGGUUUAUUUAUCCAGAGUUUCUACCAGAUCCGAACAUUAAAUGGAGAAAUGGAAUACGCGAAAAAUUAGAACGAAUUGAUAUGUUGAAUAGACGUGCUAAUAUUGAUAUUCCAGAGUUUUAUGUUGGUUCUAUAUUAGCUGCUACAAGUGCAGAUCCACUUUCAUCUGGAAAAACAACACGAUUUGUUGGAAUAUGUAUCGAUCGAGAUCGGUGUGGUUUAAGAUCUCGCUUUAUAUUGAGAAAUGUAAUAGACCAUCAAGGAAUAGAAAUUCAGUACGACAUGUAUGAUCCAACUCUACAAAAAAUUGAAGUUCUACGACUUGAAAAAAGACUGGAUGAUAAACUGUUUUAUUUGCGAGACGCACUCCCCGAAUUUAGUACUUUUGACAUAAAUAUGGAAGCGGAAAUAUUGCCCGAGGGCUCAAAAAUUCCAAUUAAUGACAUAAAAGUAAAGUUAAAGCCAAAGCCGUGGCUAGAACGUUGGGAAAGGCAAAAUUUAAAAGGAAUUUCAAAUAUUAAUGACUACUUGAUAGAGAAACACAUAAUUAAAGCAAAAAAAGCAGAAACACCUUGGGAAAAAUAUGAUUUAAUGAAGGAAUAUCGCAAAACUAUUCCAGAGGAGGAACAAAAAGAAAUUUAUGCUGAAGUUUAUUCUCAACUACAUCAACAAGAUUUAUCAAGAAAAUUAACAAAAAGGAAAAGGACAUUAAUAAAACCGGCAAAUUUGGCUUAAAAUUUCUAAAUAAAUUUGUAUCACAUGUAUUCCUCUCUGUUUUGUUUUAAUUUUUCUAAGGUACCUAUUGGUCUAUACGAUGGUCAAAAUAUCCAUACGAAAUAUUAAAAAAAUUUCAAAUUUUUAAAUCUUUCUUUCCACUAAUAUUUCUAA